CUCUCCCCUUUUACCGCCAUCGGAGCGGAGUCUCUUUCUUCCCCGGGACCUCUUCACUGCGCAGCGCCGCCUCACCAGCUCAGCCUCCGGCCACAGAGCGAAGGUAAGGGGGGGACAGGACUCGGAAAUGGCUUCGGUGACAACGCCCUAAACUUGUUCGUCGUUUCAGAAGUUAAAUAUUUGACCCGCCGCUUGAAUAAUGAGCGGCUGGAGAGGACGGCGGUGCUCUGCUAAUGCUAGUGAAGUCAGACAGAGGCAGCAGCAGCAGCAGCAGCCAUUGAGACCGUCUCCACCAUGAUGUGUGUGUGUUAACGUUACACGCGAUUAAAAAAACAAUAAAACAACGAUUGUCAUCUUUCACAGCGGAUCGUUUCGACAAUCUUCGCGUUUGUAAAGAAGGAAAACGUCGGAUAAUUUCGGUCGAUACCAGCGUUUUUCGACAUUUGUUGACACGUGUCUUGUAUCUUGUAUUUUUUGGAGUUGACCUUAUUUUUUGGAGGAUGAUACUCAGGGUGGGGAACUGUGGAUGGGGGUCUGGACUGAAAGGCAACACGAUAAAACUAAAGCUGUUAGAAGGGCAGCCUGUGAAUUUCCUCGACAAUGGCAGGUUAGAACUCGGUACCGGAGGGUUGGCACCACUUCCUAACUGGCCCACAUUUCUGAGCUCCAGCACCGUGUUCAUAGAGGCUCAAUCUAACACUUGCUCAGCAGGGGCGCGUCCUGAGGGGGGGCAUGGGCCUCCAUUUAAAUCUGAAUACCUCAGGUGUCACCCUGGAAAUUCCUUUACUAUAAUUGUUUAUAAUUUACCCUGUCAGAAUCAGGUUUUUAUGUUCAAAUCAACCAAGUUGGCUGGAUUGCAACAGGCUGCAGUAUUUUUGAUGAUAUUUAUAUAUUUUAAGCUCCUUUUGGGACAUUUUUUCAAAAGAAAUUAAUAUUAAUGCCUCUAUAUGAUCUUUGUAAGCAAACAAAACCAUUAGGAGCAAGACUGAGCUGUGUCUACAUGCAACUGCAAAGGUUAAAGAGAUCUUUGCCUAAAUUUAGUUCAUAUUUUUGACAUUUUUAGGCAGUGCAGCACUGCAGGAGUGUUCUUACAACAUUAAAAGUAAUUUUAAAUAUGAUUAUACAUAUGCAUUUUGCCUGGAUUGCAACAGGUUGCAGUAGUUUUGAUGAUAUUUAUAUAUUUUAAGCGCCUUUUGGGACUUAAUUUUUUAAAAGAAAUUAACAUUAAUGCCUCUAUGAUCUAUAUUAACAAACAAAACCAUUAGUUACAAAACUGUGCUUAAUCUACAUUUAACUGUAAAUGUAAACGAGAUUAUUAAAUGGAGAGAUGUAGAUCUGUGCCUGAAUUUAGUCACUAUUCCAGACAUUUUUAGGCAGUACGGCACUGUAGGAAUGUUCUUACAAAAUUGACAGUUAUUUUAAAUAUGAUUAUUUGUAUUCUUCUGGAUUUCAACAUGCUGCUCUCUUUAGUAGUAUUUUUGAUGAUAUUUAUAUAUUUUAAGCUCCUAUGAGGACUUUUUUGUAAACAAAUUAAUAUUAAUGCCUCUAUAUGAUCUAUAUUAACAAACAAAACCAUUAGCAACAAGACUGAGCUGUGUAUACAUUUCAUUGUAAAUGUAAACGAGAUGAUUAAAUGGAGAGAGGUGGAUCUGUGCCUGAAUUUAGUUCAUAUUUAAGAUAUUUUUAGGCAGUACGGCACUGCAGGAGUGUUCUUACAACAUUAAAAGUAAUCCUAAAUAUGAUUUUAUAUUGGGUAGCUGAAAUUAGAAUAUUUGUAUAGCUGUGACCUUCAGUUAUGUGACUUUUAAAGUCAUAAAAAACAAAUACACAGAAAUAUAAUUUCUUUAAGAUACUCUGAUGUUAACAGUUAAAAAAUAAUGAUUAAUGAAGAGCUAAAUGCCAUCAUUGGAAUUUACUUGUGUGUGGGGGCCAGACCUGGGGCCACCCCAUUGAAAAAGUCUGGACGCGCCCCUGCUGCUCAGGGCUCAUCAAGCUAGCGGCACUGAAGCUAACCUUGCUAGCUUCACACAGACACAUGCAGAGGUAGUGCUGUGACAAUACCGGGCAGGCCGACGACAGUUAGCCGGCUCACUAGCCCUCAUGUCGGGUUGUUUGAGGAGAGAGCCGGUGGUCGUUUGGUGUUGAAUCUCGGAUGGUUUCUAAGUGGCUCUCGUGGCUUUAAACAAAGUUGAAAACGUGUCUGCACGGUGAGCGGGCACGCGGGGCGCAUUGUCAGUCAUCUAUGAGCUCGAGCGUGCAACACGUGGUCUCUGGGCAGGAUUAGAGGAAAAGCCUGUCCGGAGAAGAACGCUUGAUAUUUUUAGGUAAUGCCAUGAUCUGAUGGAGGUUAAACGGUGGAUUUUAUACACAGUGAAACAUUUUGUUUUUGUCAUACAGCCAAGAGGAGAAACGGGCAGAUUCAGUGAAAGGUUAGAAACUCCAUGUAGGAAAACUGGUAAAGCUGGAAAAGUCUAAAUCCAUGUUUAUUCUAAAGUUAAAUAACUCUCAAGUCUUACAUCAGAUUUUGAAAAUGUCUUAUGAGUAUUAUUUCUGCUUAUCAGAUGGGACAUGUUUAAGACAUGACUUAACACUUUAUCAGGUCGACACUGUCUGUGUAGAUUUGCAUGUUUUUUAUUCCUCUGGAUUGAAUUAUGUGAGAAACCCUGCAUGGUAGGACGGUUGAUUAUUGUCAGAGAGAAAAGAAAAGUAAGAACAUGCAAACUGGAGGAAAUUUGGCCUUGGGUUGGCAGAUGCAAACAUCAUAAUUUCACUUGCAGGAUGUGCAAAAAGGCUGUUAAACCUGUAUUUGUGAGAGACACCACGCCUGUGUUGAGUGCCAUUUGUUCUGCUUAAAAAAAGUCAGAAUUGUCAUUUGAUAGUGAGAAGUUUUAACAUGUGUAAACAGGAGUAACUUGACUCUGCUUUGGGCUGCACCUUCACCUGAACGCCUUUCACUUUUUGUAACAGGGCUUAUGUGACUCAAAGGUCUUAUCUUUACCUGCGUUUAACUAAACUGUAACUAAACACUUACAUGCAGUUGUUGCUGAUAGUUUUACUCCACUAAUGUUUACCUGGUAGCUCAUGUAGCUGAUUGUCAUUGUUCGUAGUUUUUGCAGUACUCUUCGCAGUGGUUAUUAACUAAUCCAGCUUCAUUUGUCCCCUUCUGAUUGCUGUCAAGACUUGCCCUGAGAAUGGAGUCAUAUUAAGUUUUGAUAACUGAUUCUUUUUCUUUUUUUUCCUUCAUAUUCAGGGUUAUUUAAAACAUGUGCACCAGCAGGCAGCGAUAUUAAAAGCAAUUUAGUAUUUUCAAACACGUGUAAAUUUUUCAGGUGAUUUGUCAAAGCAGUGUGAAUGAUUUUCGUCCCCCUCUUAAGUAGAUUUAGUUUUACAUGCUGCAUUUUUCCUUGUCAAGUAGCUUUUUGUCGUAGUUCACAUUCUUGGAGGGUGAUGUCAUUGUGUGUGUGUGCAAAGCUCUUACAGCAUUGUUUGGUAUCAGAAUCAGAAUCUUUUUAUUGUACCGUAAAGGGAAAUUAGUUUAGCAGCAGGGCUCACAGAAGACAAGUAAGCAAUGACAACAUAAAUUUAAAAAACAUAACACAAUAUCAGAAACACAUAUACACAAAACCAGCUAAAAUUCAGUCCAGAGCUCAUACCAAAAAUGGAGAGAAACUACUACCAAGUAAUUAAAAGUGCAAUGUGUGCAAAUGAGCAAUAAUAGUGCAAGACAACAUGAGCAGCCUGAGGGUCAGCUGCUAUUCAAUAAAUGAAUUGGUAGUUACAUGAUUGGCAGAAAAUGACCCCCUCAAGCUUUGUAAUUUAGGUGAUGCAUCCCUAAUCACCAAUUUUGAUCUAUAUUUAUCAGAUUUUAAGACUACUUUAUGUUUUGAAAUGUGUCUGCAUCUCUAACACUUUAUUUUUGCACGUUCAUAACUCCUUACAGUCAGCAUGUCACGCUUAAAAAGUUGCUCAGGCCUCGUUUCCCUGUGAGCUUUUUGCCCAAAAUGCAUUGUCCAUCACCAACUAUUUUUAUCCGUUUGAAAGUAACUGUUGACCUCAACUUAAAAAGGCCUGUCAUCGCAUUUAACGUUACACUAUAUUAGAAAAAUAUGGGCCACCGCUAAGAGCUUUCUACUGUAUGUUCCCAUCAAUAAUUCGAGAGAAUAAUGGAGAAUGUAAGACGGCCAGGGUGAGUGUGCGUCACCUUAGAUUUGUGCAGGAUGAUGCUUUCAUUCCUCCUUUUUGUACUUAUGGAUUUGUAUUAGUAAAGCCUAAAAGGAUCAUGUCUGCGUAUUGAAACAGCGAAAGGAUGUUUAAGAAGUCAUUAAUGUCACAAAAGCCUCCACAUCGGUUUCAAAACACAGACGGCUCUCUUUGUCAGUUUUCCCAGUCUGGAGGAGGAAACAAUCUGAUCUGCCACGUGACUUUGCACAGCACUCGGUGAACUGUCACAUCAGCUCUGUAGCUGAAUAAUCUUGCUGUAUUAGCUCAAUGUAGGCCUGCUAAUAUAUAGAGAGAUGGUGAUGAUAUGAUGGCUGUGCUGGAGAAUGGAUCUGUCUGGCUCCGUCUGAAACAAUCGAAGGCGUCCUCUCAGUUUUGGUUUUUAUCUCAGAGGAGGAUUUUCUGAUUGUUCGCUUCUGGAGAGGCUGAGAUCUGUGCAUCUGCUCGAGUGUCAUCGUCCAAUAAUGGACUGAUAUUCUCCCAGGAUGGCAGGUGGAUGCAAUUAACAGGUCUUAACAGGAUGGCGUGUCAGCAGGAAGGUGGCAGUCAAAGACCAGGAACAGUCACCUUUGCCAGACUGUUGAAAUGACAGUUUCAUUUGCAGCGGGGGAUUUUUUGACGGGCGCCGAUCUCAGGAGAGGUCACAUUGAUGCUCUUUCUGCCUGAGCACGAUGUGUGUCAUUUUUACAUUUGUGGCACAUAUGUAAAGGUCGAAUCUGUGAGGUUAUCUGCAGGAGCACAACUAUGAAUAGUUUACUCAAUAAAAUGUCUUGAAAAGAAACAAAACCACGUAUAAAAAGAGUGUUUUAGUUAAUGAUUAAGAACCCUGGACAUGCACAUGGUCAUAUUUUUAAUCAAAAAUCCUCCAUAAAGAUCAGAUUUUCAGUGUUUUUGAGGCAGAUCCUGAGCGAUAUAUCACAGAGGGUUGGAGUUUCACAGUUACGCCGGAUAUCAUGGAGAUUCCCAAAGGAGUGGAUGGAUGUCCAGUCCACUUGCGUCUGUUUUAAGUCUUCAGAUUUGAUUCUCCUGAGUUUAUUUACAUUAUCCAGUCCUGUUCUUAGACACGAUUUAAUCACAGCACACUUGUCAGCCGGCCAGACAGAGUUAAAUCUGUUUGAUUGAACUCUAAUAUUAAUUUCAAACUUAAUCGCAGCGAUUAUCCGUCUCUGGUUUUUGUCUUUUGUGGACAACCUUUGAGAGAUGUGCCACUGUUUGUUCUGUUUGUACUCAGCUGUAAUGUGCAAACAAUGAAGUAUUUAUGUGUUGAGAUAUCAGUGAAAAUCACAAGAGUUUCUUGUUGUUGCUGUGUGCCCUGAAGCAUGUUUACAUUCAUGGUAAAUGUACACUUAAAUUGAAACUCGAUAGCAUGUUGUUGUUGUUGUUGUUGUAAUGUCAGGGUUGUGGUGUGUGUGUGUGUUUGUGUGUUUGUAUGUGUGUGUGUGUAUUUAAUGGGACAAACAGCUGCAGCCAUUAGAGUUCCAGGAUGUUCCCGUGAGAUGGAUCCUCCUUCAUCACACACUGUGUCUAUUGUUUCUCUUCGUAGUGGUGCAACUUCCUUGUUUUCGUCAAAGGUUUUUGGUCGUGGUUCAGGUUUCCAGCCAGUUUGGAAGGAGUGAGAGUUUUGGUGGUUUGAUAUUUUACUCAGUCAGGUAGGAGAGAGAGAGAGAAGUUAUUAUUUCACAGAGGCCUUAACUAAAGUAACUAAGUUAUUUUCCUUUUAUCAUGAUCAGCAGUAAUUCCACCGUCAGGAGCUUUUCCUGCACCCUGGGUUUUUGAAUUAUCGCCACGUUAGCAGGUAUGCAGGUUUUAUACUGAACAAAGACCAACAAACAACAGUAGAAAAUUAUAGAAACUAGGGUCUGACCGAUACAGAUUUUUUGGGGCCAAUGCUGAUACUGAUUAAUGAAGUUAUAAAAAAAAAAUUGGUAACCCUUUCUUUUAAGGUACACUUAUUACCAGGUAAUUAACAGGUAAUUACUUAGUAGUUAUCAUGUAAUUACCAGAUAAUUUCAUGUUGUUACUGAGUCAAAACUGUCUAGUUUUUCUUUGUCUUUUUUCUGUGAAGCUCCGUUUUCAAAAGCUAUUUGGGGUUCUUAUUUUCUAUGAUUGACACUUGAUACAGCCUAUGGGCGUGCGAAGAUUGCGUAGCGAUACGCUGUUUGAGCCGAGCGUCAUCACAGCGACUCACCCGCCGAAUGCGUACAACGCUACUGCGCAAGUGGUGGUUCCAGGAAGUGGAGAAAAUCCUGGAAAUACUAGAGCAAUUCGGCUUCAAAUUUGUACGAUGAUGGAAGGUUACCUACCUGGUAGCUAGACAGUAUUGACUUAGUAGUUAUCAUGUAAUUACCAGACAAUUUCAUGUUGUUACUAGGUAAUUACCUGGUAAUAAGUGUACCGUAAAAGAAAGGGUUACCAAAAAUACUGUUGAUAUCUACAUUAUACUAUAUACUGUAGGCUACUGCUCUUCACGCCAUCAGGAAGACAGACGGAUCAAACUCGGACCAGAGAAGCGUUUUCAAAAAUCAGCGAGUUUUGGCUGAUUACAGAUUAGUCUCAAACGGGCUAAAAUUGGCCAAUUUAAUCAGCUCGCCGAUAAAUCGGUUGGGCCCUACUGGAGACGCAAUAGCAGUUACACAGGUUUUAUACCGAACAAAGACCAACAAACAACAGUAGAAAUCUAUAGAAAUUAAAAUGCACAAGUAACUUUUAUUGUCAACCUGUCGCAUUGUUAAAGUCGCACCUGUCUGCUCAUCUGUCUCUGGGAGGGAGGGAGGUCUGGGUGAGUCCAAGUCCAGGCUGAUCCUGUCCAGACCCAAGACAAAGUUCAUUUAAGCCCAGACUUAAAGCAAACGGUGAAACGAACAUCUAUAUCUACUGAAAACAGAGCAUUAAGUCAGGAUUUAUGAUCUGCUGCGGGGAAGUUGUAAGACUGAUUAGCUUAAUGCUCCCAUAAAAGCUUUUUUCUCUCCCAAUUUGACACCUUAAAUAUUCAGAAUGAGUGGUACAUUAGAGAUUUGUGUAGAAAAUUCUACUUUGAGGUUUACGUGAGUGAGAUUAAAUAAUAAAUCAAAAUGUGGGGUUGCACCAUUCCAUCCUAUAAUAAUGGAUCUGGUCAGAAGGGAGGGAGGGGCUAAUGAACCAGCCAAUAUAUCAUAAAACGACAGUGUUUGAAAUACAAAUAUUGAUUCCAUGAUAUUGCAUAAAUACUUAAAAUGUUAACCUGGAAAUACGCAGUUUCAUGAAACCCUGAAUCUUGGAGAGGUGUCUGCUCUGAGCUGAGUCAGGCAGCAUCCUGGAGAAACCCUUUCAUGGUGACAGCCAGCCUUUUUUUAUCGUUGCAGCGCACGUUUAAAGGAAUGUUCCUGUAGUGCUGACAUGACAUAAAAAAAGUUUGUAGAGACAAUCUCAAAGAGUAACUUGUUCAGCUGCCAGUUUGGUUUCAUUUUUUUAUUGAGAUAACUUCUGCUUCUCUUUGAUCUUGUAUUGGACGCGGGCCUGUCGGUGAAAUGUUGUUGACAGCUGGGAUCGGGCUCCUUUCUUCUUGAAGGGGGCUGCGCACAGAGCAGUGUUUUGUACGAGCAGUAUGUCUUCUUGUGCCCUGUAAAUAAAAUCUUCAGUUUCUCACCACACCCUGUAUUUUUAUCAUAUACGCCAUCAAGGAAGCGUUUUUUUUUUUUUAAUGUUAUAGUGGAGGAUGUUGUCGGUGCAGAAACAUCAGUCUCCUACUGUGUGGGCUUGUGGGAACCUUUUUGUUGAUGGCAGUUUGCAUGCGGGCGGGUGGGAGGUUUCUAAUGCAUACUUUGAAAUCUAAUCCUUUGGUACCACUCUUCAUCAGUAAUCCACUGCAGCUACCUCUUCUCAUAUACUGUAGGAUCCUAUAGGGAGGUGAUACCACCAAUGACGGCUGCUUUUUAGGUUUGCUGCACUCUUUUUGUAUCUCACAAUACCUCCUAAAUUUUUCAUACUCAGUUGCAUCAUGUUUUUUUUUAUAUGCUGGAACACAGAAGUCAUACAGCUGCUGAAGUUUUCUGCAGACAUGACAGAAAAGUGUUUGGUUUUUGGUUUGUAACAAACCCCCACAUGAAUUUUAUAGUCAUGCUUAUUAUCUUAGAGGGAUGUUUUCGUGGCUGUCAGAGCUUAGCUGAUGUUUCUUGGUACCAGGUUCAACUUAAGAGAGUAUAAAGUGCAAAGUAGAGCUGGGCGAUAAACCGAAAAUUUACCGAUACCUAAAUGUACGACAACAACCAACAUCAUUUUGCUCAAUUCAAUACAUUUGGUGUCAAAAAAUAAAUAAAUCAAGCUGGUUUUGGAUGUGUGUAGGUAGGCUAUGUUCUCAUGUCCUUUUUUUAAGACGCUGUCCUACAUCAGAGACAUGACUCCGCCCCAUCCAGUCCGUAACAAAGAGGGAAAGACAGGUGAGGAGAUGGAGGACGGUUCAAAAGUUGUAGCGGCUGAAGUAGACGAAGUUAAUGUGGGAGGGGGUGAGCAGCUUGUGGAGUCGUUAUCAUCCAAUAUCGUGACAUUGAUUUGAGGCCAUAUCGCCCAGCCCUAUGUUAUAGCUUAGCUGAUAUUUCUUGGUACCAGUGUUCAACUUAAGAGAGUAUAAAAUGCACAGAAAUGUUUUAUUGUAUUACAGUAUUUUACCCCAAAGAUGAUGCUCAAAAAGUGACUUCUUCAGUGUGCAAAUCAUGCUGGAUGAGUCUUGCAGAGGCACUGUAUAAGAGCUUUUAUCUGACAUUAGGAUGUCAACAUGCAUCUUGUAAAAAUGGUGGUUUUCUCUUUAGUAAAGUGUUCUUGUAAUCUGAAGCCAAUAAAUGCCUUAUGAAGGGGGCUCAGUGGGCGUGUCUGUCCCUCAUGAGCUGAACGAUCAGACUGAGCUUCAUCGUCGUUCAGAAACUGCAGACUUUAUUCAGAGGAACAAAAGUUUUCACGCAGGAACACAGUUUGAACUUUUUCCCUCUGGUGGAAAGAAGAUGUUGUCAGUUUUCGUCCUGGUGUGAUUUAUAUCCCAGAUUUUUGGUACGAGUCGAGCUUGGCUGCUGUACAAAGUAGAGUUUACCAUCUGUGCUAUAAUGUGAUUUCCUGCAGCUUCAUCCUUGAUAUACCUGUUAUGGAUGAAAUCAUGAAAAAACAAACAUAACAGGGUGAAACUUUGCCUGUGAUAAGAAAGUUUAAUUCAGAUUAGCCAAACCUGUGAGUCUGUAAUGACUGACGAAAGUGUCGGCUUAAGCAGCCUCGAAAAUAAGUCGCUUCUUUAAUAUUUUUGCACGUUGCUUUUUGAUUUUAGUAAAAUGUAUUACAAAAUAUUCAUGGGCAAUAAUGUCUUUUUGUGCAGUAUUAUAUUUGCAAUGACAGAAAAAGUAUUUUUUUUGUUUUUAGUGUCUUAAUUUAAGGCACAGUAGUAGUUAUUCCAGUUUUCGCAGUAAUAUGCUCCUUUUUUUAUUUAUUAGACAGAGUCUGUAAUGUGCCGGAUCACUGCCCUGAUGACGUGGACAAAGUAUCCCACACUUAAAAAAACAGAUACCACACAAAUAUUUGUUUACAUGUGUAGCGCUCUAACUCCAGCCGUCUGUUACAGUAAAGAGAGCUUUGCAAAUUUUUUUUUGUCGGCACAAUCUGCUGAAAUAGGCCACUGCUGGCCUCAAUAUAGAACCAUAUAAUCAGCUCUGGACAUAAAACUCUGAGAAAUGAAAAUCAAAAGCGAUGUUAAAAAUUCACCGAGCUCUGCACCCGGGAGAAGCUCUUUGUUGUAACACCUCUGUUGUUAUCGUCGUUGUUGAAAAAAAUGAGUCUGUUUUUAAACCGUCGUUCUUUUGUGUUGCUAACUUUAGCAUCACCCCGUAGUACUCUCUCUCUAAGCAGCUUAAAAUUAGCCAGAGGAGUUAUUUGCAAGCGCUGUUUGACCCAGAUCUGGUGGCAGUCAAAUGUUAGUCAAAAUUUAAUGAGUUUGUGUCCUAAAGUAAACUAAUCACUCUCUCUCUCCUCUCUCUCUCUCCUCUCUCCCUUCAGCAUCACUUGAGACUCGGCUAAGAUGGCAGACAUCGACAAGUAAGUAAUCUCCCCUCUGUGCUCCCCUGAUCUAAACGCUCAGCUGUCCUCUUGUUUCCUCUGUAAUGCCGGGGUUGCCCCGCUGUGACAGGACUGGUUUUGGCAUGGCCAGAUAUACAACAUCAUUAAACCGAUAGAGGGAAGCACAGCGGGCUCUCCCUGUGCGAGGGAGGCUGUUGUUUACUGAUCCCGGGGCUGUUUGAGAUGCCACGCCCAGGGAAAAGGUUGCAUCUUCACUGUCACAACACUUUAAGUAAAACCGGAGAAAACUGUUCCAACAGGAGUGAUACUCGAGUGUUUAGGAUGCCAGCUCCCAUCCUCACACACACACACACGCUCAUCAUCUGUCACUGAUUUUACCCUCGUGAAUCUGUGGCGUGUUCAGCGUCGAGCUCUGCUGCGCUUCGUCUUUAAGCAGGGUGUCAUGUUUCAGCGCUUUGAACAGGAAAACAAAGGAGUGCAGUUUUGAUUACUGCUGGAGCCUACGGAUCUUUAUCUGCUGAGAGCGGCAAUAUUGUUUGUGAAGGGAAUCAGACUGACCUCCUUCCUUUAGUUACAGUCAAAUGUGCCACCGAGCGGAGCCUCGAAGUGCAGCUGCGCCAGAGCUUAGCCGAGUAAUCGACUCAUCAUCCUCAAGUUAACUGAUUAAAUCACCACGAGUUUUUUUUAGUCGCUCAUUACAGGUAAAAAUAUCUGAGAUCAAACUCUGAAUGGAAAUUAUUUUAAUCAACUCAGCUGUUGAUGUUCACCGCAGAGUUUCAGCUAAGAUCAACACCCUAAGUCUGAUAUCAAUUCAACAAAACCCUAUUUUUAUUUUAUUUUUUUAAGGUUUCCGAUUUAAUUCAUUCAUAAAUUAGCGAUACAAGUCAACCGAACAGCAGCUCAGCUCGCAGCCCCUAAAGCAUCACCUUUGAGUAUGGGAAAGACGUCAACUUUAUCCUGUGAGCACUUCAUACUUCUACCUUAGAGAGUCCACAUCAGUCUGCAUUUAGGGAUGGGGCCGAUCCAAUCCAGUAUCCGAAAUUUCCGAUCCAACCUGCGAUAAUUUCUGUUCCAUAAGUCUUGUCUUCGCUUAAACUUCGUCUGCUGAAAUGACCGUACAAGUGAUUCUUGACGGUCAGUCUGCUAGCUGGCUGCAAACGUCUCAAUCAGACACGCCUCCGUUCAGGAAAUCCACUCCGCCGUUUGCAGCCGGGCAGCGAUCAGGCUAGCCUUGAGCAGCACUAGGGCUAGCGAACUUUUCCACACAACACGUCUGCUGAGUGGGAAUACUUUACAGUCAAAACGCUGCAAAGUAAGACAGCAACGUGCGAUGUUUGCAAGCUGAUAUUCCAAGAGGAGGAACUUCCAUCGCAUGGAAUAUGAAUGACUUCAAAAGCAAGGUAAACUUCCAGCAGACAUCGUGAAAGAUAAUAAUCAAUAAACAAUAAUGAUAAUAAUGAUGGUAAAGCUAACAGAGCUCUGGUGUCGGAAUAGUAUCGGUAUCGGCAGGGAUCCAAAUUCAGGAAUCGAGAUCGAAUCAGAAGUGAAAAAAUGUGGAUCGGUGCGUCCCUAUCUGCUUUACUCUCUCUAGAUGCUCGUUGGCGGUCUGAUAUCUACACUCGUUAUAUCGCCAUUUUCUUAUAUCCUCUCUUUGCGCGCAGGAAAACAUGGAGCAGGUUAACGUCGAGCUGCUGUUGACCUCACUGCAACGAUUGUUUGUAGCAAAAGAGAUAAAAUUCACAACCGUUGAAUCUGAAGACAGAGGAGGGUUUGUGCAAAAACUGUCAACAUUAUAAAAGCAGGAAAUGCAUUUCUACUGAGCGGGUCAGUCGAAGGACUUGUGGGCUAAACUGUUUUGAUGCAUUUCUGCAUAUUCUAGAAGAAGGAUGUCAGAAUACUGAUGUUAGCUUCGGGGCCGUGUGAAGCUUAAAUCCUUCGGCAGAGAGCAUCAUAGGGGCACAGGGUUUCAACGUAAUCGGUUUAAAUAACCUGUUUUUGUUUUUUUAUUUGAAAGAAUAGGAGGAGAUGGAGGUUAAAAAAAAAUGUUGCUCUGUCUUUUUGAGGUCUGUGGUUUUCUAGCGGCUGCUGUUCCUCACUCUGGCUGUAGCAGCAGGUUGGAUAAUAGCCUAAAUGAAAAGAACAGCGAUUUGAUUAGAGUCUCUUUUGCUAAUUUUUUUGUGUAAUUGAGUUAAAGUAGAGAAAUAACAAGAGUAUCCCUCUCAAAUCUCACCUCAGUUUUCUGCAUCUGCAGGGACUUUGAUAUUUCACUGUCCCGCCCGAGCAGCUGGCAGCCGGGCCAGAGUCGCUUGCAGCUUCUACACUUAACAUGCCAGGAUUAGUUUGGCUGUAGCAUUAAUUCUGUGCGCUCAUAAACACUCUGAGGUGUCCUGUCUUGGCUGACCUUCCCUCCUCUUCCUCCUCCUCCUCCUCCUUGUUUGUGUCUCCCCGAGCAGCAAAGACCAGGCUGAGAUGGACCCGGCAGAUAUGGAAGACGUGGAAGAAGUGGAAGAGGAGGAGACGGGAGAAGAUGAAAACAGCAAAGGUCAGUCUCUUCGGAAUAACAUCCUAAAUUUAUGAAAGUGUGUCGUCUUUGAUGGUCUCGUUUUUGAGUUAUACGUCGAAUUGAAGUUAAGAACAGAAGAUGAUGUUUCAUAUUUUAUUUUCGGGAUCUUGAUGCCUCCUGUUUUUAGAUUCAGACAGUUCCUCUCACAUCUUCGCCUACUCCCUUCUCAUUGUUCAUCAGAUAUACAGUAGAUAGUUGUUUGUCUGUCUUUUUAUAGCAGGUUUGAUCAGCCUCUUUUUUAAAAGCUAGACUAGAAAGACGACUCAUUCUCUCUGCCUACGACUGAUCUGUCAUAGAGACCACACUCGGAGGAAAGCCUUGCAUGAGGUCUGGAAGCUGAGGUAGAUUAUAAAUGCAUGAGUAAUACACAGUUACAGCCUGACAGUGAGAACACGCAGUGCAAACUGUACCAGAUAAGAGGCCUUAACACUGCGCGUCGUCAUAGCUGCAGUGAGAAACACAGUCAGGUGGAGCUGCAAAUCACAGCCAGGUGCUUAAUGUCGUGAAAAUACGUUGUGUAAAAUUGAUUAAUGAGGAAAUCACUAAUUUAUAAACCACCUUUGAGGAUUUUUGAGACAGUGGUGCAUGAUUUGAGAUAACUGAAGAGACGGCCUCCUCACUUUUUCUCUUAAGAUCAAACUUUAAAUUAGUAAAUAAACGUAAAAAAUGUUCUUUUUAAAAAUGAGUAAGAAUGACGAUCAAACGCCUUAAGUUACUCUGAUAAUUUAGGAUGUUAUUUCAUGUAUUCAAUAAUCAUCUCACUCCUGUGUGAUGGAGGCCAACCUCAGAUUCACCGCUGAUUUCUUUUUUUUAGAUGCUCUUUUGAUAAAUCUCGCAUCUGGGAGAAACAAGUGGCAUAAAAACAAGAAAAAAAUCGGACAUGGCGCUUUUUUUCGCUGAUGUGAACUCUUAAAUAUUUAUUUACUGCACCACAUAUUGAUAUCCCUAUAUUAAAGGAUGUAUAAAUUAUUGAUCUGUACAUAAAAGCGCACCACAUCUGUAUGGUUGAUAUGUCUGAGCUGGGUACACAUUGUUCAGGUUGAGAAGGGACUCGCCAGCUUGAUACAGCCGACAUGAGGCGCCGUCUGUCCUCUGUGCUCGUUUUCAUCUGGAGAGUGGAGCAUCAUGGGAUUAUAACAGCAAUCAUACAGAGCUGGAGACAGCUAGGACUCGACAUAUGAGUGGCAAAAAUAUUCCCAACUUAUUUAACAAACUAGGAAUUCGAGUGACAAAUAUUAUUCAGUUUAAUGAAUUCACAGAUCCCUGGUCUAAAAUCAUUAAUUGCUUGGCUGGUCAGGGUCUAUGUGAUUGAUCUGUGCUUCCUCCUUUGUUCCUACCAGAGGUUAAGUCGACAAUUUCAUACUUUAAAUUUGUCCUGAAAGGUCUUAAUGUGACGUAAAGUACCAUGAUUUGGUGUCUACAAACACUCAGUAUCAAACAAAUUGGAUCAAUAACAAGCAAUCAUGUAAGAUUGGGAUUUAAUAGCUACUAUUCAGCCUCCCUUGAGUGCUGAACUAGCUUUACAGACAGCAAACAGUUGCUCCACGAAACACCAGGAAGCUUAUGGCUGUUUUGACGUUCAUUAAAACUGAAAGGUUGUAAAAUUAGGGCUGGGCGAUGAACCAAAAAUUUACAGACACCAAAAUUAACGACAAUAACUGAUGUAACUUUGCCCAAAUUGGUUUAUUUGGUGUCAAAAAAAUAAAUAAAUCAAAGUUGGUUUUGGAUGUGUGUAGGUAGGCUAUGGUCUCAUGUCCCUUUUUAAGACGCUGUCCUACAUAGGAGAUAUUAUGUGAUAUUGAUUUGAGGCCAUAUCGCCCAGCCCUAUGUAAAACUAACGUACAGAAAUAGAUGUAUAUCACAACUAAAGCUGUAAAUCUUUUUAAGUCACAUAAACAAUGUAAAUUCAGCAGCCAUUUAUGCCAAAUAUAAGUAAAUCAUUAACUCAGGCUAAUUUACAAUUGAAUAAACACAUGAAUAGCUUGUGAUUAGCAUGAUGCUAAUUUACAUAGAAAAACUCAUAGGGAUGCUAGUGCUAUAAGCAUCUUAUGUCUAUCUGACUUUUUAGACAUGAAACAUCAUAAGGUGCUUUAAGUGAGUAUCCUAACAUACAGUAACGUCUUAUUUCAAUGGAAUACUGUGCGGAUACGGUAAGCCUGGAAGGUCAAACCUCAAACUCAGAAUUUGAGUUCAACGUGUGUUUAACAUCUUCCUCACCAAGACUUUGGGUUGUUUACUGAUACAGAGUUAACACCCAUCUCUUAUCAGGGUCAAACUUGAUUUAUUUUAAAAUAUCACGGGUUUGAUGAGUUUGAUGUUUUUAUUUUUCCUAGUAGAUCAAAUCAAGGAGCCACGUCGAGCUAAAAUCUUCUUUUCGGUUUGUUUCUUCCUGGUGGACUUUUAGAGUGUCAGUAUGCUUAAGGUCAGAAAGUGGGUGGUAGCCUAAGGGGGUAGAGUCUAGGAAAAAAAAGGGCGCAAAUGAAGAGUAAUUCACACCCCCGACAAAGACGUUUUACCUCGUGGUCGCCGACUCUGACUGAUGAAUCCACCAAGAGGCAUUUUACUUCAAAGCAUCCAUGAGGCAGCUCGUGUAGUGAGGAUUCAGACCCGUGUAGGUGGAUUUAUUUGACUGGAUGCUGCGCCUUGGACAGCCGAUCCAUGCUAGCUGAUAACACAUUACAAGCAGAACGCCAACCGAGAAAAGUGACUUCCAAUCUCUUUAAUCUUCUCACCUGCCAGCAGCGAUCUCACUGAGCUUUGAUAGGUGCAAGCAAUGUGUCGGACACUGGGAUUGUACCAUCUGUCACCUGUCUGCUUACAAAAAAAGAGAGAGAGAGAGAGAGAGCGCCGGCUUUUAUUGCUGAGUCAGUGGGUGUAAUUUAUAAAGCAGACUACAUUCAGGGUUUAUUUAUUUGCUUCAGAUUGCACCACAGGCGAAAUAAGCAGGAAACAAACACGGUUAAUUGGAAUUUGGAGACGCCUGAGUCCCUGUAGGCUGGAAACUGCUCCUGCACUCAAACUCCACCUUACUCAAAUACACGAGCAAAACACACAAAGAGAUGUGUCAUGUAUGUCAGGUAUUGCAGCAUGCAUGAAGACAUUAUCCUGGUUGGUCGAGCUGCAAGAUAAACUUAUUAAAUCACUCUUAAAGAAAAUGCCUCAUGACACCAAAUGCAUGAAAAAUCCUGAUUUUAUUCAUCAGUCUUGAUAAAAAUACAAACUCUUUUUUUAUGUCCUUAGCUCGUCAGCUGACCGUGCAGAUGAUGCAGAAUCCACAGAUCCUGGCAGCGCUGCAGGAGAGGCUGGACGGUCUGAACGGCUCACCGUCGGGGUACAUGGAGAGGUGAGACAUGAAGUAAUCUGAAGUGAUCAUUUAAUCCCGGAGCGCAUUUCUGCAGCAACCGUCAAGACUCUAGAAGGAGACAUGCUUCCCAAGCUUUACUCCACUGUGCGUGGUGUUAACCCAGAGCGUUUCUAAAGAGGGCGUGCACCCGUGUUACUUUCCCACCAGGACAAACCCUCUCCGUCAGACUCGGUCUGCUAACAGUGAAAUUAAAACACUUUGACUUUGUGUUGCCAGAUCCUGCAAAUGAUGUUGUUCACUGUUUUGCAAGAGUGUGUUGCAGAAACAGACAAGUCUUAAACAAAACAAACACUUUUAACUAAACUAUAUUUGUAGACAUGAUUUGUUUACCUCAGUAAAGACAAACAUCAACUCUGUUUUUCACCUGAUUGUGACGAGAUUGCAGCACAUUAAAUACAGAGCAGAGCCUCGAAUUCACGCCACGCUAAAGAAUGAACGCUUUGUUACCUUAAGACACGCUUCCUCCGUUGAUGUCGUUGUCUCUUGAGUGAGUUUGAGUCUCCCAUGAUCCUCUCUAGGGCUGGGCGAUAAACCGAAAAUGUACAGAUACCGAAAUUUACGACAAAAACCAACGUCAUUUUGCCCAUAUUGGUAUAUUCGGCGUCAAAUAAAUCAAAGUUUGUUUUGGAUGUGUGUAGGUAGGCUAUGGUCUCAUGUCCCUUUAAGACGCUGUCCUACAUCAGAGACGUGACUCCACCCCAUCCAGUCUGUAACAAAGAGGGAAAGACAGGUGAGGAGAUGGAGGACGGUUCAGGUAGAGAUACACGAAGUUAAUGUGGGAGGAGGUGAGCAGCUUGUGGAGUAGUUAUCGUCCAUUUAUAGUUAUUGAGGUGAACUGAUCAAUAUAUCUUGAUAUUGAUUUGAGGCCAUAUCGCCCAGCCCUAAUCCUCUCCUCGUAACUUUGUUUUUCGUCAUGUGAUCCAGGUCCUGACAGAUCAGUGAAAUUUUAUGAAAACUUCAAAAUUCUCUCUGAUGGAUUUAUGUUGCAUGUUUCUAAAUUUUGAAUCCAGGUCGAAACUGGAACCGGUUCUGGAUACCUAAGCCCACUUAAGAUUAGUAGACUCAGGAUCUGGUCCUUCUGCUAAGGUAAAAAGGCGUGCUGAGGGUGCGAAUAUUAAGGAAUAUCAAACAGUCGGAUCUAAACGCUUCCUUACUCAUCCUCCAAUCAGCUCUCCACACCGUCCCCUUAAAAUCAUACCAGUCUGUGUUCAUCUGUUGUCAAAAUCUUAGUGCUGUUAUUUAUAAAAGAUGGAUGCAGAGUAAAAUAAAUCAGAAGUCACUCGCAGUGUUGAUAUUUUCAAACCCUGCUCCCGUCUGCCGUCACUCACAGGUUGUUAUUUACAGGUGUCUGAAUGGUCGGUGGGUGUAUUUGCUUUCCAAUCGCAUAUUUACAUGAUAAUUAGUUGAAGUGGUACGUCUGCCUCGUUGAGUAGCAGUGAUGCUUUUAUGUAAAUGAAGUUCAGGAGGAGUUUAGUCGUAUUCGCAUUCAGCCGCAGGAUUCUGGAAACGGACGAAAGCGUCAAAACCAGACUCGUGUUCGGUUCAGAAAGUGAAAUACAAAACAGAACUUUGUAGGUGUAACCGUGAGUAACAAACUGAAUUCUGGAUUUGGUGUUUCUCCUCCUAAAUAAGAGACGUUUGGAUGAUUUAAUCUUGAGUGUGAUACUUCGACUGUGGAGAUGGACAUGUCCUGAGUGAGGGCGGUUCUGCCUUUUUCCUGGCAGUCCUCGCAGGUUUGGAUCAGUCACCGAACGAGACAGGAACAGACUACAGACAUUGAUUGAUGUGUGCAGAACAGACGGGAUCUCUGAGGAGUAGAAUUAGAUCAGCAGCUCCUCAGGCAGGUUGAACUUCCUGAGCUGCUGCUGCACAGAGUACAUCUUCUUCUGGCCAUUUUUGAUCAUUACGCUGAUGUCGCACGCCCACUUUGACAGAAACUGCAGCACCGUGUCGACGGCUGUAAACUGUACAGUGAGGAGUCGGCUCGGCUGCAGGUAGUCAUGAUACAUCUCUAAUUCGUACGAGAACUGGAGGAGAAGAUUUUCUCAGACCUUCUUUGAUAAUCCUCUCCUUGGAUGAGCUGAAUGCAGCAGAUGAAUGUUGAAAUAACCCGAGAAUAGAGGUACAGUCAGCGUCUGAGAGUGUGUGUGUGUGUGUGUGUGUGUGUGUGUGUGUCUCUGGCUGCAGGGCUGUGCCACCCACUGAUCCUCUCCCCCUCCCCUCAAAACCAUCAGCAAGCAGCUCUUUGAUCAACUUGUCAAGUGUCUGGCACCAACAAACCCACCGCUUACAACACCCCGGCACUUGGGACCAAACAUGUGUUCCUGUGCCAGCGUAGAGACGGUGUUUUUAUUUCCCAGGGUGCAGAAAAACGGGUCCCCAAGCCCGGGGAACACCGUCGUCAAACCGAUACUCCAGGAUGGAUGGAUUCAGGUUUUAGGCUUCACUCUUUCCUCCGACUAAAGUAUCUGGGUGAUCCAGGUCAUUUCCUGUCAGUCAGCUGGUUAAACUCAGGAGAAACAUCUUUCAAAGCCGAUCAGACCUUUUGUUUCGUGUCUCUUUGGUACGAGAGUUCCUGAAAUUACCCGGAUGAGCUGUUAGUAUGAGCAGAAACAUCCCGACCUCACCUGGAACAUUUCCUGCUUGUCCUUCAGUGUCAUUGGAGGCUAAAGUCUGGAUGAAUGAGUGUUGAUGGGAGUGCAGGCUGGGUAAAUUGAUGUUUAUCACAUGGCCAGUGUCCAUCCAGCUAUUUGGACGCCAUGAUAAGCUUCAUGAAACCGCCCCACGCCUGCCUUUGACAGGGGAGACGGUCAGGUCAUUGUUUCCCUUAGCUAUUUCACUUUGGUGAAGAUGAGCCUGCGCUGUUUUUAGGGCUGGGAGAGAUGCUAGUGACCAUAAGAGACUGUGCGAAUGCAGAUAUUUUCAACUGGGGUGCUGAACGUUCGGGGACAGUUCGGUUCUCCAUAACUCAUUUUUUAUUGUUUUAUUGGUGGCAAACGUGAUGGAAAGAAGCCAGAACCCCGCAUGGUCAAAACCAUCCUGCGCAAAUCUGGCAGGGUAUAAGCGGCAAGCGCUUGCGACCAGAAUACCAGAAUCAGAGGUGCUGACAUGUCGCGCCGCGUAGUUUAGAGGCGCGGCAUGUCAGCACGCGUGUUUGUUGUAAGAUAAAGAGAGGAGCGAGCGGAGAGAUACAUUUUUCUUGAAAGUAAUGAAAUGAUUGGGAGCUUUAGAGUCUGAAAUUGUGCAAAUUAUACUUUAUAGGCCAUUUUUAUACAAAUAAAACAUAUUUAUUUAUCUAUGACUUAAAUUUCUGGGUUGGGAUCUCGUUUUCAGGGCGGGGGUUCUUCUGCAGGUGAAGUUUGGAGGAAUGUCUUGUUGACCUACGGUGUAGCCUACCUGUCGCUGCCGUACUAAGUCUUCUAGAUAACGUGCAAACUGAUGUGCCACGGUUGCUAUUUUCAAAGUUUUCAGGUGUUUCUGUAGGUUUAGAUGUUUUUCAGCUUUUUCGAAUCUGGACACCCUGUUAUGAAGAAAAGGUCCACCCACAUGUGACUCUGAUUUCACUUGAAAAUAUUAAAACGCAUAAUUUAGACAAAGGGUUUACAAAAGUCUCACCUGAGCCACACCUGUGUGUCGUAUUGACUCCUCUUGCGUUAAAAUAAACAGCUUUUAUCAGGUUGUCUCGCUGUCGUGAACACUCGGUUUUUUUAAUGGCUGCUCGGUGUGACUCGGCUUUAAGGACACACAUUUUCAUUAUUCUGAGACAGAUUUACAGAGGCCUUAAAAUGCCGAGGAUCCCACUGCAUCAUCCACACCAGAAAUCAGGCCGCAAACCUCUCGAGCAUAAACCGAUAAAUCUGCGCACGGUCGGAGCGAGGCGUAAUUUCUUUACUCUGCGGAUCAAUGAAGCAAAUCUUGAUCUGAAAGUUGUUCUUCGCAGAGUUAGUUUGUUUACAGAGCGUCAGAGGCCAACCGGACGAAUUAUUUUAGAUCCUCUGGGGACAAAGCUGCUCUUCUACAUGCCUCAGUGAGCCAAAGCUCUCUGCGGAUUAACCUCUGAAACCAGGACCCCUCUACUUUGUGAAGUAUGUGCUUUAAAACUCAGACAGGCAGAGGAAAUACGAAUCACAGAAAAUGAUUUAAAAAUAUCCGUAUGAAGAACAAACAAACAAACGAACCCAAAACGCUUUGAGUCAGCUGUUCAUGUUGACUGUGCCGCUGUGUUCCAGUUUGUCUUUUUCCAGGAUUGUGCUCACGUCUCUUCUUCUGUUCUUGUCCGUCCUCCCGCAGUUUACCAAAGGUUGUAAAGAGACGUGUGAACGCCCUCAAGAACCUGCAGGUCAAAUGUGCGCACAUCGAGGCCAAGUUCUACGAAGAAGUACACGAGCUGGAGAGAAAGUACGCCGCCCUCUACCAGCCCCUCUUCGACAAAGUACGUCUGUGUUGUCGUCUUUGUAAAAUCACAUUUCUGUUGUUUCUAUGCAGUUUUUUUCUUCAUGUAGGAGAUUUCAGUGCAGCAUGAAACAAAACCUUUUUAAAGAUUUGUCCUCUACUGUACGUCACGUGUCAUUUAUGCAUCCUUCCUCAUUCUGAUUCCCUGAGCGGGCGGCCAUUUUUAAGCUCUCAUGUGCCGCUUUAAUGCACCCAAAACAGUCUCUCUCCCUCUCUCUCUCUCUCUCUCUCUCUCUCUCUCUCUCUCUCUCUCUCUCUCUCUCUCUCUCUCUCUCUGUCUGUGUAGCUGUAAAAUUUGUUUACUUUAAGGGAUCCAGGAAUGUUUAUUGUUGCAGAUCGACCGUCGUUAAGAAUAUCCCAUUAAUUAGAUGAUUCCUGGAGAGGCCGCACGCACCCCUGCUGCUUCCACUUUUCAAAACAAUCUCAAUUCAAGAGGCUCUAGAAAUGUUUCUGCUAAUCUAAGUCACUCCCUCUUUUGCAUUCUCCCAGGAGUCGUCCUCAGUUUAAAUCUUAUGGAGCUAUCAUGCGAUACUUCCGCUUCUUUUCUCAUUUCAAAAUAAAAGCAUGUCUUUCAAAAUAAGGCAAAAAACAGCUGCAUUUACAAGCGGUUUAGUGGCUGAAGGUAAGGCUCAGGAAUGUCCAAGUUUCAAAAAAUAAACACCUGUAUAUGUUCAAACCAUAGACUGUAUAUAGAAUGGACAGAGUCUGCCUCCUCGCUGGGUGAAACCACUCUGAGAACAGCACCCUCUGUUGACGGGCUGCAGUAUAGGUCAUUAAUCCCUCCUCCGCCAGCAAAGCUUAUGGGACUGUGGACCAACUUAAGAAAUUUAUUAAACAGAAUAUAAAUGUUUCUCCCCCCUGGUUGUGAUGUUGACAUGUAGUUACUGUCAGACUGGUUUGUGCUCAAGUCCUCUUUUUUUCUGUGAAGCUCCAUUUUUAAAAGUUAUUAAGGGGUUCAUGUUUUCUAUGAUUGACACCUGAUACAGCCUAUGAGCGUUCAGGGAUUGCGUAGCGCACCCGGGGGAUACGCUGUUUGAGCCGAGCGUCAUCACAGCUACUCUCCCGCCGAAUGCGCACAUCGCUACUGUGCAAUGCUGGUUUCAGGGAAAUGAAGAAAAAUCCCGUAAAUACCGAGAGCUUUUCGGCUUCAAAUCUGUAUACUGGCGGGAGGCGGAACCAAGUUGUCCAUGGUAAAUACAGUCUAUGGUUAAAACACAAACGUGCAAAUUAGUCACACAUUUAAAAAAAACAUUUAUUGACACCAAAAUAUAAAUUUUUACUACAAAUGAAUGUCGCUUCCAAAUAUCAGUUAUCGAUUUCCUCGAUUACUAAUAAUCGAUAUCAGCCAAAAAAAAGAAACAUAUUUGUCGAUUCUUAAUCGAAGUUGUCCUCAGUUUAGGACGGCUGACGUCAGUGAGUGGGGCGAGAUAAAUCGAUUAAAAAUGAUCCGAUCUGAUAGUUGAGAUCAGGGUUGAGUUUUCUGAUUCAAAUAUUGAAGAAACUGCAAAAGUGAGAUUUAGUCGGUCAUCGGUAAGAAUCAACUCAGAGUGACGAAAUAAAACUGUCAGUUGCCUGGGUCAGUUUCAUAUGUCGAGUCAUGACUUUCUCCAAAGUGAUCAAUCUUCCGUUAAUCUUGAUGCACCCGUUGAGGAGUGGAUUAACCUGUUUGAAAACCUGUGUACACUGGUGACCCGUCUGCAGCACUGAAGCUUUUUUUGUUGUCAUGUAAACAAACUCACCCGUCACCUGAGAAACUCGACACCCGACCGGAGUCACAUUUAGUCCUAGAAAACUUUAAAUAAUGAUCUUUUUCUCUUGUUUUUGCAGAGAAGUGACAUAGUGAAAGCAGCGUACGAGCCCACAGAUGAGGAGUGUGAAUGGAAGGCAGAUGAAGAGGAAGAGCUGACAGUAAGUAAGCAGGUACAGGUGACGUAUACACCUGCAUGCUUCCCGUCUGACUCCUCACUUUCCUCUUCCUUCUCUCAGAUUUCAUGCAUGUUUCUUUUUAGUUUCAGCUCCUAAAUAUCGUGUAACUCAUUCAGACACGAGUUCAAGCUCGUUCCAUCACUGUCACAGACUUUAGAUUGACUAUCGGGUGGAUUUUCAGUUUUAUUUUUCCUCCUGUUUAAUCCCAAAUCCUCCGUCCCGUCUUUGUGGGUCUGCAUGGUGAAAAGCUCUGGUGAUGUGUGCGGAGAGAAACUGUGGAGCAAGCGUUAUUUUGAAGAGAAAAUGUCUCCCCCUGAACAGGAUGAGAUGAAGGAGAAGGCCAAGCUAGAGGAGGAGAAGAAAGACGAGGAGAAGGAAGAUCCCAAAGGCAUCCCUGAGUUCUGGUUAACGGUUUUCAAGAACGUGGACCUGCUCAGCGACAUGCUGCAGGUCGGUGGAAAAUAGGUCACACACACAAACACACGGCGUUUGCUCACAGAGAUGAAAAAUCAGGGUUUGCCUCCACCUGCUGGUGGAAAAAGGAACAGUCGUUUUCUAAUCAUGUUCUCUUUUUUCCUCAGGAACACGAUGAACCCAUCCUUAAACAUUUACAAGAUAUUAAAGUAAAAUUCUCAGAUCCAGGACAGCCGAUGGUGAGUCUGCAAAAACCACUCUCCAUGUUAAAUCGGUGAAAUCGGUCCGACUUCCUCCCUAACUCUUGUGGUCUUCUCCUCCUCAGAGCUUCACGUUAGAGUUCCACUUUGAGCCCAACGACUUCUUCACAAAUACAGUGUUGACGAAAACCUACAAGAUGAGGUCAGAGCCCGACGAGAGCGACCCCUUCUCCUUUGACGGACCAGAGAUCAUGUCCUGCACAGGGUGGGUGCUCCUUGUACCUUUUGAGGAAGGGACUGAAGAUUAUUUACCCGUCUGAAUCGUCUUUUCUCUUAUUUAACCCUCGUUCCUGUCAAUUUUGAGCUUUAUCCAGCCUACUUUGUCCCCAAAACAGACAUGCAGAGAAUCGUACAUAAAAUAAUUUUUAACCUUUUUUCUUUUACUUUUUCAAUACCUCUUAAACAACUUCAUCCCCAACUAUUAAAGUAAUUAGCAAAAAACUUGAUGUAUCACCCUUUGUGUCUUAAGACUUGUAUUUAUUGAUAAAGUGUGCGUUCUAAACAGCUGAGUUGAUUGGAGCAGAAAAAAAACCACGCCAAUUUCACCUCCUUUUCUCGAGCCUCGUCCUCGACCGAAUCAAAUACGAUCAAAUUCAUUUGUUCAUAUUAAAUUAAUUAUAAAUAUAGGUAAAUGAAUUCAGAACAUAUAUAUAAAAGGUGAGAAUCAUUUACAAGUGUUUAUCCACCUCUAUCCAAGAUAUGACCACGAUCACGCUGAUUGCGCUCAUAUAGAAAAUAACAGCAUAUUUGAGAUGUGAUAUCUUCCCAUCUAAUGAUCUGAAGGACCUGUUCAUCCUCAUGCAUGUCCAUCCACUCGCUCCGAAAUGAGGGCAAAGGUGAAAUCGUCCAAAUGUCCCCCUCUCUUUGUCCAACACUGCGCUUCAAACGCUCUCAGUCCAUGAUUGAAGACUUAUAUGCCAGUUCAAUCUGUUGUAUCGCUGUCGGAAAGUCAAAUUUAGAGCCCUGCUGAUCGACUGACUUCAAAAAGAAGGUUGUAAUAAGUUGUUUUGGUGCCAUAAACACACAGUCAAAUAAUGCGUUUUUAAUGGAAGUCUAUUCCAAGGGGUGGAUGGAGCUAAAAUGCGGCGACGGAGAACUACAGGCGACAUUUUUUUUUUUAAUAUGAAGAAAAAUAAGAUCUCUCACUUAAUUUGACGCCCCAAUCUUUAAAAGUGUGACUCUCAGCUCAAAAUAAAGACGACAAAAAUGACAAAUGUCCUCAAAAUGGACAUAUAAGGAACGGAGGGUUAAUCACUUCGUUGUCCUGCUGUUAAAGAUCAGAAAUGGUCUCAUUCAGCGUAAAUCUGUCAGGACAGGGUCAAAGUUGAACACACCUUUCCGUCGCAUCCGUCACAUUUUGAUAAUCUCUCCCUGCAUCAUCAUUAAUAAACCCUCUUCAGUAUCUCGCCUUCUUUUUUCCCUCUGAAUCAUCUCUGAGUGGAAAUCGAUGACCUUUUCUGCUGCUCUCUUCAUAAAUAAACCCGAGCUGUCAUUUAAAAUGUUCGAAAACUGACCUCGCUCUCUCUCUCUCGCUCUCUCGCCGCCGCCCCCUCAUGUUUCACAACAGUUGCACGAUCGACUGGACGAAGGGCAAGAACGUCACGUUGAAAACAAUCAAGAAGAAGCAGAAGCACAAGGGCCGUGGCACAGUGAGGACGGUCACCAAAACGGUCCCCAACGACUCCUUCUUCAACUUCUUCACCCCGCCAGAGGGUGAGGGCGAUCAAACCACAGUCAUUCAUUUCAUUCAUUCAUUCAUUCAUACAAAGAGCUGUCUGUGUCUGUCACACUAACCCCAAUUAUCUCCUCUUGUUUACAGUUCCAGAAAACGGAGAGUUGGUAAGUCACUGCGCUUUCAAACAUGCAUUUUAAUCUUUAAUUAGCUCAUUAAUUAGUCAAAGGAAGCAAACGUUUCGCUCCCUCGGUUAUCUUUCACUCGUUUGUUUGCGGCUGUUGGUUUUAUCCUGCAAAGUUUUCACUCCGACACACUUUCACUCUUCGUACUUGGACAAGUCUGAUCAGUCUGACUCGACGUGUAACGAACCGCGAGAAGCAGAAUAAUGAACCUGAGGAUGAAAUCAUUUUCUUUUCUUCUGUUCGGUCCCACGUAAACCGUCUUGUUGUCCUGAAUACUCCCCGCAGGAUCACAUACUCCCAAUCAGGAGGGAUGGGCAAUGAUUUUUGUGUAUUCAAAUAGUCGUUAACAUUCACAAAAAUCAAAUAGUUGAUGCGACGAUGGUUUUGUUUCUUAAAAAAAAAAAAGUUUCCGGCACCUUGAAAUAACGUGGUAACACUAAAAGUCGCUCCAGUUAACGCUGCAAAUCAUACAAACAGCAGAAACAUGCAGGGACUCAAAACGGAAAUGAAUUGAAGUGCAAACUCUGCAAGGUCACAAAUUGACCAGGAAGAAAUGUCGAUUUGACCACGCAGCAAAACGUGGAGCGCUGUCCGCAGAUCAACAGUCAAUGGCGAGCUUUGUCACCUGAUGAACGCCACAGCAAACAACGAUCUUUGAAUAAUGUUCGAAUAGUUACCAGUGAAAAUCGAAGAGCACUAUCGCUCGAGACGCCCGUCCCGACCAAUCACAACACUGUUUUUAUGUGUGCACAGUUGGCAGCAGCAGGGUGGCUGGCUACCAUUAGUUACUAUGGUAACCAGGAUGUUCUGUCUCUGAAUCUUUUAACUCUCCACUCAGAAAAGGAGGUUCAUAUUGAUCCUUAACCCUUUCAUACAUGAAUGAUGAGAUCUUCAGAGAAGAUUUUUUGUGUUUUUAUCCCUUUUUAGGCAAAUAAAAAAAUGAUGCAAUUGAAAUUUUUUUCAGGAACCCAUUUUUCACAGUUACAAAAAUGUCCAUACAGCUGGACACCAUGUAUUUGAGUUUUUAACAAUUAAAUAUGAAUCAAACAAACAAAUGCCCAAAAAUCAUAAUCCGUUAAAACUGUUUAGAGGAGCUAAUUUUAUGUCUUCUUAGAUUUUAAUAAACUCUUAACACAUAUUCAAAGUCAUGCAAAAAUGUUGAACUUAGCGGCGAACUAAUAAACUGCAGAUUUCUGAGAAAGCGACAGUUUUCAGUGUUUCUGCUUUUCUACGACCUCUGUUCAGUCUGACUCUAACUUUGAAGAUAUGGAAAAAACGGACAGGGCUCAAACCAGAACUGAACUAAAGCUACAACAAUAAAAUCCACACAUACACUAAAGAACACCUUUUGAAUAUCUGUCCAUUGUAGUGACCAAUAUGAAUGAAAGGGUUAAAUACUUUAAUACAUAAAGGUAUAUAUACAGUACUUGGUUAAAGUUGUUGAAAGCGUCAGAUAGACAUUAAAAAUAAUAAGAGAAAUUAAGCUGAUUCAGUCCAGCAGUUUAUUGGUGUAUUAGGAUUUGUUAAUUUCUCCUGGUUUGAUUAACGGCUGCGGAAGAAUUCACCAAACAAGGAAAAGAAAGUCCACAUCCCCAGGUGUUUUGAUCCGCUACAGGUUGAAACCAGCUCUUAAAAAGAGUUUAAAACCUAAAGACACUGAUAACUCAAUAUAUAACAUCAAGAUUAAACUGUAAGUGACCUGUUUGUGUCCAGGAUGAGGACUCGGAGGCGGUCCUGGCUGCGGACUUUGAAAUCGGCCACUUCAUCCGUGAGCGGAUCGUUCCUCGAGCCGUGCUCUACUUCACAGGAGAGGCCAUCGAGGACGACGACGAUGAUGUGAGUGUUGGCGUCCUGCUCCAGUAAACAAGGCUGUUUGGAGGAUUCAAAUGCAAACCCUCUUUAAGUUUCUUAUCCUGCUGAGAGUCGAAGGAACUUUCUGAUAAUAAUUAAGAAAAGAUGGUUUCUUUGGCUUCUUUGUCGCUGAGAUAUUUAUCACCUGCUUUAAAGGAGGAUUCCCUGUUUUUUUUUAAAGCUGUUUAAUUACCAAUUUGUCCUUGAAUCAAAUGAAUCCCGUCUCGUUUGGAGUAUUUCCUCGUUCAUCUUCAUGUUUGUGUUUUGCAGUAUGAUGAAGAGGGAGAGGAAGCCGAUGAUGAGGUAAGACUAUUAACAGCUACAGAACACACACAACAUACAGGAGAUCGAUGGCGACAGAUACAAAGAUAAUGGAGUUAACUCUUUCAGCUCCGCGAAAGGAAAGAUGAACCAAGAAGCUACGCAGAUAAAUAAUUCAUAAUAAUCUGAAGUAGGAGCUCAAGAUGUCCUCCAAAAACGAAUGUUUGUGAAGAGUUUGUUGCUUCAUCGUGGAAAGAGGAAACUAAACAGGAUCCAAAAAUAAGGAGAACUUUGUAAUAAAACUGUGGAGUGUGGUUUUGGAAAUCAUGGACUUCCCCGUAAGACUGAUUCUUUGCAGAAAAGCUGAGGGUUCAAACUCUCAAACUCUGUUGUCGUGUCGAGUCGUCGGUCUGAAGUGUCUCUGUGCUGCGUUUGCAGGAAGGCGAGGAGGAGGCUGAUGAGGAGAACGACGCCGACUAUGAUCCCAAGGUGAGAUCACCUCUCAGAACACACACACACACACAUUCACAGCCCCUCCCCCUCUAAAGAUCUCAGGUGUCUUCGUAAAGACCUGACUCAGCUCUUCUCUACUUUGUUGACUCAGGACGCUCUCUCUCUCCCUCUCUCUCUCUCUCUCUCUCUCUCUCUCUCUCUCUCUCUCUCUCUCUCUCUCUCUCUCUCUCUCUCUCUCUCUCUCUCUCUCUCUCUCUCUCUCUCUCUCUCUCUCUCUCUCUCUCUCUCUCUCUCUCUCUCUCUCUCUCUCUCUCUCUCUCUCUCUCUCUCUCUCUCUCUCUCUCUCUCUCUCUCUCUCUCUCUCUCUCUCUCUCUCUCUCUCUUAAGUAAAGCAGCUCCUCUUAAGGUCGAGUCGAACUAAACUUACAAACUUUUCUCACACUCUGAGUUUCUGAGCUGCAGGUAGAGAACAGCUGUCUUUUAAAUGAUUCGACAAGAUUUCAACAUACAGAAUACAUACUGUCAAAUGCAUCUCAUUUUACUCCAGCUUUGGUUUGCUUCAGCUUUUAUUUUAACGUCCUGAUCCUGAUCCGGCCUCCAGAGCAAAACGAAACAAUAAGACCCUGACCUGUGAUUCUGCUGCAUGUUGUUACUAAAACUUCAACCUGAACCUCCAGCCGACAUAAAACACAGAUCCUGUCAACUAAAGGCUACACCCACACUGAUAUGUUUUUGUUUCAAACCCGUAACUUCUCUAACAGUAAACUUUGUCUGCUGCUGACACUAAUAAAAUUUGGGUUUAGUCUUAAAAGGCGACACUCGUUGGUUUAUUAGAGGCUAAAUGAGGCCCAGCGAUGGUGGUCAGCUGCUCUAACUGAACUUUAAAUCUACAUAAAAUCAGACGAAGAGAUGAAAUUUUUUGUACCGGGCUGCAGAAAAGUGUGUCCUAAUUAGGGCUGGGCGAUAUGGCCUCAAAUCAAUAUCAUGAUAUAUUGAUCAGUUCACCUUGAUAUCGAUAAAUGGACGAUAACUACUCCACAAGCUGCUCACCCCCUCCCACGUUAACUUCGUCUACUUCAGCGACCGCUUGGGUAUCAAGAACCGGUUCCAGUUUCGACCUUUGAUUUAAAAUUCAGAGAUUUUUUAGUUAGUUAAACUCCGAACAUCAAAGUUCUCCCUGAAGUAUAGUCCUGAUGGAUUUAUGUUGAAGUUCUGAUAAAUUUGACUUAUCUGUCAGGACAUCGAUCACUUGAGACGAAAACAAAGCUGUGAGGAGAGGAGUAGGGCUGGGCGAUAUGGCCUCAAAUCAAUAUCACGAUAUAUUAAUCAAUUCACCUCAAUAACGAUGACGAUUUUGAACCGUCCUCCAUCUCCUCACCUGUCUUUCCCUCUUUGUUACCGGGUUUAGGGUGGAGUCACGUCUCUGACGUAGGACAGCUUCUUAAAGGGACAUGAGACCAUAGCCUACCUACACACAUCCAAAACCCAACUUCUGCAGACGUCUAUAAUCCUAAUUCAGAGCGAGUCGGUUAAACUCUCGCCAUGCUCAGUGAAGUUAAAACAUGUCAGUGUGACGCCUCUGCACGUACCGGUUCAGGGUUUCUUUUCUCAAAGUUUUUUUUCUUCUUCUUCUUCUGCCAGACUGGAGCAGCUUUGACAGUUUGACACUCCACCAUAAAAACAAGCAUGACCUUCGCUUCUUCGCUGAAUAAAAAAAGAGAAAAAAAAAAAACGCCUUUGACAUUCUGUAUUCUGCUAGUUUUUUGCUUAUUUUUUAUUUUUAUUUUCUCCUAUUCAUUAAUGUUUCUUCAUCUCCGGUCACUUUGGCAUCUUUUGUCAGCGACUCUUUAAAUUUUUCCUCACUAGGUUUAAAUGGUGACUGUAGAAAAAUAACCCUAUCCUGGUAGGUACAGCUUGUGACUUUGUCAGCUUACUACCAUCACACCUUCACCCUCCUUUUCCUCCUCUUCUUGUUUUCCCAUCCCUCCAUCCUCCUUUCUGCACCUCCCGCCCUUCACAUCCUCAUCCUCAUCCUCCUCCUCCUCCGCCGCCGUGCUGCACCUUUUCCCAGUUACUAACCCUCUGGUUUGUUGUUGGUUUUUGCAGUUUAACCCAUAGUGAGUUUUUUGCAUUUGCACCUGUAUUUUUUCUGUAUGUUGAAGCUAGUCCGACCUUCCCUUUUUUCUUUUUGUCUCCAUGUUAAAAAAACACAAAAACUCGGGUUAGUUUUGAUCAGAUUUGUCAGGAUAAGCAUUGAAAUCUGUGCUGUUAUUUCAUGGAUGUUUGUUUUUAAACCCAUCUGAACAUUAUUCGUCCAUGAGUUUGAUCCUCCUUCCUGUUGACAUUAGUCCUUUUGAGCCGCCUAGAUCUUCAUCUAGUGUUUUAAAUAAACCCUAAACUAAAUUUAUCCGAUCACUAAAAUAGAAUAAAAGCUGAGGAGGAGUUUGUCGAACCUCCCCUGGGUGCAGUCAUUGUCAGCAGUAACAUAUUUUUAUAGAUUUCAUUGGAAACUUCACAGGAAGUCUUUGCAGACAUUUUGGUGAGAAAUCGUGUCUCGCACAGGAAACUAUUUUUAGCCCAACUUGUCGCACAAUGACUGAAACGACCCUAACGCUGCUCAGCCAGUGUGCCAUCACCUCCACAAGUGUCUAAUGUCUCCUGGAAGGACGCCCCCACCCCCUCCACCCCCAGUAUGACGGGCUGCGAAUGAUCUCUGUGCUCUCCUCAUCCUUUUAUUGACUCCACUCUUUUCUUUGUUUUUGGCAGAUAAUUGGUUUUAGUACAAUAGUCUGAGGUUUCCGUUUUAUUUUCCUGUAACUGCAGCAUGAUAUUAAACACCGCAAGUCAGCGAGAAAUAGAAUAAAGACGGGACAGAAAGAGGAAGAUCUAAAAAGUCCUGGUUUCCCCGGUUUGGAUGAAUUGAUUUGACAUUUUGGGAAAUACACUUGACUGAUUCGCCGCACAGAGCCGGACCAUGAGAUCAGUACCAAUCAUAAUUUAGUGUGUAAUCUGAUGAUUACGAAAGAGGAUUAGGGCCACAAGGAGAGAGAAAAAUUAUAACAGGAGAGAGACUUUUUAAAUUUACAUUUCGAGAUUAAAGUCGAAACUUCAAAAAGUCAACAUGAAAAAAUAGAAAUUUCGAGAUAAAAGUCCUUAAAUUUUGUCUGUUUUUUUGUUUUCUUCUGUAGAGCCGUCAUCUUUGACUGUCUUUUCAGAGUCCGAAUAUUUAUGACCACACUGUGCGCUAAAAGAGCGAGGAUUUCCCUGUUCCUAAAUCCAAUUUUAAAGUAUUUACAAACUCAAAAUUUCAGCAUUAUUUACGUCAUUUUGCAAUCUCGAAAUUUCCACUUGAUUCAUGUUGGCGUUAAUCUUAAAAUUUUACAUUUUUCAAUAUCGAAACUUUGACAUUAUUCACCACAUUUUGUAAUCUCAAAAUUUAAAUUCCUAAUCUGGAAAUUUUUACUUUAUUGACAUCAUUUUGUUUUUCUUUUUGUUUCGUAAUUAAGACUCAUCUCUAAAUUUAAAAUUUUAAUCUAGAAAUUUCGACUGUAAUCCCCAAAAUUCUUGUGGAUCCUCUUUCGUAGAGGAUUGAGGACGCUGCUUUCCUUUACAAAAACAAAGAUUGUAGGAAAACAUGCAGCAGAUUCUUUACAGAUGUUUAAGUUUAUCACCAAAUAAGGGAAAAGGUGUCAAAGUGAUGCUGUCACUCAUUGAAGCAGAGCGCCAUCUUCAGGGUAAAAUAGUGUAACACAGAUAAACAACUGCAUGUUAGAGGUGCAUCGGUUAGCUCACUUUUUAGAUGACAAAUACUUUACACAAAUUUUGUUUUAAUGGCGUGUAUCAAAGCGUAUGGUGGUGUUGCUAACAGCUUAAUACUUAUCCAGUAUUUUUCUGACAUUAUGCAGGAUUAAUUCAGUCCUGAAGAAGGUUAGUUUACCGCCCCAAAUCAUCCUCUGUUUGCUCUUUUUGUACUGCAAAUCUGUAACAUAGCUAUAACAAAGUCACACCUCUGUACUUUCAGCCGUAAAUUCAGGCUUUUGAAAGAUGCUGUAGGCUGGAAUCCAAACCUGGACCAGCUUCUGUGCACGGGGCACGCAACUUAACCACGAGGCCAAACUAGCGCUCUACGCUUUUGGACUUUUAUUCUGAUUCUGCUGCAGAUUUAACAUUACGGUGUUGUAGAAGCGCAAGAGGUGUUUGGAUCCACCUGCCACUAAAACCUCUGCAGCUAAGUCUCGAAGGAGUAAUAGAGGUGUAAACAUUGAGCACUUCUGAAUUAUGGGAAUUAGAUUUUUUAGGAAAGCACUAAAAGUCGCAGCCAAACUCUUUUUAAUCCUAGACUCUGCAGAUUUAUUCCAACGAUCAGUUUGAAGCAAGCGGAUUUCCCAAAAUGUCAGAACCGUAAAAGUUGAGGAAACAGAAUAAGGUCUACUGUGCGUACACACUCCUGUAAUCAUCACCUCGAUGAGGAUGCAAACGUGACAUCCCACAGUUGUCAUAGUUUUGAUCCGAGUGCGUCACAGCCCCCACAUUCACAUCUGUGAACGAUGUCGCUCGUGUUCAAAGUCGUCUGAGAACUUUUCAGAUGUGUAGAUUCUGUCGCAGCUUUGUACAUGUUGCUUCUGGUCUCGUCUGCGUGUCUCCGGUCUAAUGGAAACCCCCCCCCCCAUCCUCCCCGUCCUCCUCUGUGGUCUCUUGCAGAAGGAUGCAGCCCCCCCAGCUGAGUGUAAGCAGCAGUGAAGCCCGGCCCGGCUGCCUUGAGGAUCAACUGCACUGUAACGGCUUCAAAAAUUACAACAACAACAAAAAGGAAAAAAAAACCAGAUUAAAAAAUAGUUACUUACCGCCUUAUAAUGUUUUGUAUUUUUCUUGGUAGAGAAUUUGAAGAAAAAAAAAGAAAAAGUUUCAAGAUUUUUGUUACAAAAACUCAUGGUAAUAUACUGGGAGCUGUGUCGCUCAAUAUACAUAGUAUUUUACUAGACCUGUUUUUUCCUUCUCUUCUCCUUCUCUGUACAAUAACUAGAUAGAAUACAGGAAAAAAAACUCCCUCAAACAAACAGCAUGAACUUGUUUCUUCACUGCUAAAAACACAAAAAAAAACUAGUUUGGGUUCUUGUGAAGUCUUUUGUUGUAUUUGCUCUUAGACAACAGCUGUGGUUUAGACUGCAUCGUGUCAAUUGACAAUAAUCCCUCCCCUCUUCUCUCCCUCUUCUUCCUCCUACCAAAGCUCCGGGUUGAUCUGCUGGUUGUUUUUCACUCUUAGCAGGGCCUCUAGCACUUGUAAAAGCACUGUAGCAUUUCCAGGUCGAGUGACGGAGGAGAGACAGACGUGCGACCCGCAGCCGGUCGUCUAUUCCACUAUCUAAUCUCGCUGAGCACAGGAGACGGAGUUGGCGUGUUUUCGGCCACUUCUGCAGCACUUGUGCUCAGAUCCUUUCCACUCUUGAUACAUUCCAGUAAAGCAGACUGGCUGGCACCGUCAGUAUCGAUCCACUUCUCUAUAACUGGACGUUUUUAAAUUGACAGAAAAAGGAUUUGUCGUUCCCAGAGUCUCUUAACAUUCCAGUGGAUUCCUAACACGUGGAAACAAGCGGGACGGCAUCACGAUAACCUAGUGCUUCAGGCUCCUCGUAGGCUCGCAGUGGCGUUUCUGUCGUCUUUUAUAGCACUUUGUACUUGCGUGUGGUGUACCAGUGGCGUCCUUAGCUGUCUGAGUAUUCCUUGUGAGCAGCACUUCUGUUUCAGUGCUGUAACCGCGCUCUGUGGAGAGUCCAACCUGUGCCUGCUGGUUUUUACCAGAAGGGGGCGCACUUGGGCUGUUCAGAGAGGCUCCGGGCAGAUGUAGCACAGCAAAGACGAGGAAAAACAAAAAACUCCCCUUUUUUCUGAUCAGUUUACCUCUCGUGUCAUCAAUGUGACUCACACGGACCCCUGAGGUCUCGCUCAUUAUUAAUCACUGUGAAAGAAAGAGAGGGGAUGUGUGAUAAGGCCGUCAUGGCGGCCAAUGACCCACCACCCUCCCUGAAACCCCAAACCUCCCCCUCCUCUGUUACCCAGAAGGCCACAGAGAAGCAUGUCAGAGCAAUACUUAACGCCAGGAGGGGGACCGAGAAGAAACCGUAGCCUGCCCUCCUCCUCCUCCCACCACCCUGUCCAUCCUUCAAUGCCUUUUCGUUUUAAGUCGUGCAAACAGCCACGCGCUGGCUGUCCACAGUGGAGAGCAGGGUACUUCUCAUUCUGCAGGGAGUAUUCACACAUCAUGUUUAUUGGAGGAAAAAAAAAGAAAAGAAAAAAAGGACGAGAAGGUAUCUGUGAGGUCCUUCUGAGCAGCUGUUGUCAAGGCAAAAUGCUAUGCUACAAAAAUACUAAUGUACUCAAUAACUGUACGUGUAUGUUCAUGAAUAAAUUGGUUAAACAUGGCUGGGAUGGUCGACUCUUUUUUUAUCCAUAUAAAUAUACAGGAUAUACAUUUACAGGCCAAAA